AUGGCCAGGACUCAGCUGUGCGUCCUGCUUCUCUUGGGGCUUAUUGGCAGAGGUUCCGGGAAGAAUGAGGAGGAGAGUCUUUAUCACCACCUCUUUGACAACUAUGACCCCGGGUGCCGGCCUGUGAGGGCACCGGAGGACACGGUGUCCAUCACCCUCAAGGUCACCCUGACCAACCUCAUCUCACUGAACGAGAAGGAGGAGACUCUCACCACAAACGUCUGGAUUGGAAUCGACUGGCAGGAUUACCGACUCAACUACAGCAAGGACGACUUUGGGGGCAUAGAGACGCUGCGGGUCCCUUCGGAACUCGUGUGGCUGCCAGAGAUUGUGCUGGAAAAUAAUAUUGAUGGCCAGUUCGGCGUGGCCUAUGAGUGCAACGUGCUGAUCUCGGAGGGUGGCUACGUGAGCUGGCUGCCCCCAGCUAUCUACCGCAGCACCUGUGCCGUGGAGGUCACCUACUUCCCCUUCGACUGGCAGAACUGCUCGCUCAUUUUCCGCUCUCAGACCUACAAUGCCCAAGAGGUGGAGUUCAUCUUUGCUGUGGACGACAAUGGCGACACUAUCGACAAGAUUGAAAUCGACACGGAGGCCUUUACUGAGAACGGGGAGUGGGCCAUCGACUUCUGCCCUGGGGUGAUCCGCCGCCAUCAAGGAGACUCGGUUGACAGCCAGGGGGAAACUGACGUCAUGUACUCUCUUAUCAUCCGCCGGAAGCCGCUCUUUUACAUCAUUAACAUCAUCGUGCCCUGCGUGCUCAUUUCGGGCCUCGUGCUGCUGGCCUACUUCCUGCCAGCCCAGGCCGGCGGCCAGAAAUGCACGGUUUCUAUCAACGUCCUGCUCGCCCAGACUGUCUUCUUGUUCCUAAUUGCCCAGAAAAUCCCAGAGACAUCUCUGAGCGUGCCGCUGCUAGGCAGGUAUCUCAUUUUCGUCAUGGUGGUCGCCACGCUCAUUGUCAUGAAUUGCGUCAUUGUGCUCAACGUCUCCUUGCGGACACCCACAACUCACGCCACGUCCCCGAGGCUGCGCCACGUGCUGCUGGAGCUGCUGCCGCGGCUCCUGGGGUCGGGGCCGCCCUCCGAGACGCCCGGCGCCGCUUCGCCGCCCCGGCGGGCCUCUUCCGUGGGCAUACUGCUCCGUGCGGAGGAGCUGAUCUUGAAGAAGCCGCGGAGCGAGCUGGUGUUUGAGGGGCAGCGGCACCGGCACGGGGCCUGCGCCGCGGCCCUCUGCCAGAGCCUGGCAGCCGCAGCCCCCGAGAUCCGCUGCUGUGUGGACGCUGUGAACUUCGUGGCCGAGAGUAUGCGAGAUCAGGAGGCUGCCGGCGAGGAGGUGUCCGACUGGGUGCGCAUGGGAAAGGCGCUGGACAACGUCUGCUUCUGGGCCGCCCUGGUGCUUUUCAGUGUGGGUUCCGCCCUCAUCUUCCUUGGGGGCUACUUCAACCAAGUGCCCGAUCUCCCUUACUCGCCAUGCAUCCAACCUUGAGCCUGCACUUGCCCCGGUGUCAAUUCCCCUUACCCAGGACAUAGAUUUCGAAAAGCUGAAUUAUAAUCCCUUGACAAUGAAUUUGUUUUGCGAACUUCCCCCAGAGAUUGCAUGUGCCACUGUGGUCCCGUAGGGGGUGCAUGCCGUGGGUAGGCCCUUGGUGCCAACCCUCCAGAGAGCAGUUUGCCCUCACUUCAGCUCUGUAGAUCUCUGCCUUUUUCUCUUAGCACAGUGACUCUCUAGACCUAUGAGCUUUUUAAGUGAUCUUUAUCCACUUGCUAGACAAUAGAAUAGUCCCCACAAAGUGAGGCCUGGGGAGCAUCCACAGCUUCUUUGGCUUUAUCUUGUUGAAGGGGAAGACCGUUAUAGGUUUAGGGCCCGGAUGUCCUGCCCUUCCUCAAUCAUGACACCUAAGUUUUCUGGGCCCGGCCUCAUACAUCUCACCUCUAUGAGUGUAAUCACUAACAGAUUACACACACAGUGCUCCUGUCCCAACUCCUGCUGGCUCUCCCUGACUCAUACCCAGUAUUGUGAAAGAAAACACAAUAGCUGGAUGCUGGUGGCUCACGCCUGUAAUACUUGCUACUCAGGAGACUGAAUCUGAGGA